AUGCCUCCUUCAACCAUGCGAGCUGUAGUGCUGAAAGGGAAUUUUGAAGUUGCUGUCGAAAAUCGCCCGUAUCCAAAGCUACAAAAACAAACCGACGCUGUGCUUAAAGUCACAUCUACCGCCCUUUGCGGCUCGGACUUGCACUUCUACCGAGGUCAUCUUAAAUGCCCUCCAGACUUCAUCUGUGGGCAUGAGUUUGUCGGCACUAUCGUCGAGAAAGGAGACCAAGUUAGUAACUUUGCCAUUGGCGACAAAGUAGUCGUUCCAUUCUACACGGCUUGCCAAGAAUGCUAUUACUGCGUUCGUGGUCAGGCAAGUAGAUGCUCGAAAGGAGAAUUGUUCGGAAACUCUGUGCCUGCGAAUACCGUGGAUGGGGGACAAGCGGAGUAUGUGCGAGUGCCUCUAGCAAACACUACCCUAGCCAAGGCGCCAGAAGGUAUCCCGGAAGAGAUGCUAGUACUGAUGGCGGAUAUCUUUCCUACUGGUUACUUUGCAGCCUCGCGAUUCCUCAAGAACCUCCCACAGCGGGACCGUGACGAGUUCACAACAGUGGUUAUUGGUUGCGGACCAGUUGGAAUCUGUGCGAUCACGUGCGCCUUGACCAUGGUGAAAACUGUUUACGCCAUUGACUCUGUCCCUGAACGGCUGGCUGAAGCCGCGAAAAUCGGUGCUAUACCUAUCAACCUGAACGACAAUCCGAUCGAGAAGAUUAAAGCAGCCAGCGGUGGCCGCGGCGCCGACGUCGUUCUCGAAGUCGUCGGCCAUGCCGAUGCGUUCAUGCUGGCGUUUGACAUGAUUCGUCCGUGGGGUCAGAUCAGCUCUAUCGGAGUGCACACUGAAAUGCUAAAUCUGAACGGCUUAUUGUGCUACGGCAAGAACGUCACCAUGGCAUUUGGACGCUGUCCAGUUCGUAGUAUCUUCGAUGAUGCUUUGAAAAUACUGGUCCAGGAGCAGAAGAAGGUGUCCUUCUUGUGCGGCAAGACCAUGAGCCUCGAAGAGGCGCCGCAAGCUUACAAGGACUUUGAAGCUAGGAAGGUCCUUAAAAUUGUCUUUAAAAUGCCAGGCGAGAAGACUGGAGAAGCUGUGGCAGACAAAGUGUAG